GUGUACCUCAUCUCAUGUUAAUAUAAUCCAAGUGGUCUUCAUUAUUAUUGUUUAUGGAUUAUUGGUGUAGAGUUAUUGGUCUUCUCUCGUGUCUUACUAUUUUCUAAUCACGUCAAGCAAAAUUAUUGGUGUUCAUUCACCAAAGCAGUGAGUUUGGUUUUGGUUUCUUUCUGAAAGUUUGAGCAAAGAUGGGAGGCUGUCUAUCACUAGAUUUACCAUGGAAAGAAGCGGUACAGCAAGCCUGCAACUGCUUAUUUGGUGAUGGAAAUUACAUUCAUAUGAUAAAGGCUAAUCUCGAGGCUCUGGAGGGAACUAUACAAGAACUUAGACGUAUGCGAGUUGAUCUGUUAACAAGAGUUUCCGUAGAAGAAGAUAAAGGUUUGGAGCGGCUUGCUCAAGUAGAAGGAUGGUUGUCAAGUGUAGAAAGUCUUGACUCUCAUGUCAGUAUUCUGCUUGAGGAUACACCAACUGAAAUCAAUAGAUUGAUUCUUUUUGGAUAUUUUUCCGAAAAUUGCAUAUCAAGCUAUGAGUAUGGAAAAGAGGUAUCGAAGAAGUUGGAAGAAGUCAAAGAGCUUCUAUCUAAAGGAGUUUUCAAAGAUGUGGCCGGAAUGAGACCUUUACCAAAGGUGGAGAAGAAAUUUAUCCAAACAACAGUAGGUUUGGAUUCGAUGGUUGGAAAGGCAUGGGACAGCAUCUUGAAAACUGAACGAAGAACGUUAGGUAUAUAUGGCAUGGGGGGAAUUGGAAAAACAACCCUCUUAUAUGCUAUCAACAACAAAUUCUCGGAAGAGUUGAAUGACUUUGAUGUUGUGAUAUGGGUUGUGGUCUCUAAAGAUUUGCAAUACAAGAGCAUUCGGGAUCAGAUUCUACGAAGAUUACGUGUUGACAAGGAAUGGGAAGAUCAAACAGAGGAUGAGAAAGUAUCUUCCAUAGCCAAAAUCCUAGGAAGAAAGAAAUUUAUACUGCUAUUAGAUGAUCUGUGGAGCGAGGUAGAUUUGAGCAAGAUUGGAGUUCCACAUCCAACUCAGGAAAAUGGAUCGAAGAUAGUUUUCACCACUCGUUCAAAGAAAGUUUGCAGAGACAUGGAAGCUGAUGAGGAGCUGAAAAUUGAUUGCUUGUCAAAGAAUGAAGCGUGGGAACUGUUUCAAAAUGCAGUUGGAGGAGUCCCAUUAAAGCGGCGCCAUCCGGAUAUUCCCGCACUUGCAAAAAAAAUUUCCGAAAAAUGUUAUGGCUUGCCACUUGCACUCAAUGUGAUUGGCAAAGCCAUGUCAAGUAUAGAGGAUGUACACGAAUGGCGUGAUGCAAUUGAUGUUAUCAGUACGGAGAGCCACGAGUUUCCAGAUUAUGAAAUAACGAAGGAGGAGUUGAUCGAAUAUUGGAUCAGCGAAGGAUUUAUAAAGGGAAAGAGAGAUGAAGAUGGAAGUAACAACCAAGGUCAUGUUAUAAUUGGUUCCUUAGUUCGUGCGCAUCUAUUGAUGGAGUUCGAAAAAGAAUUCACGCCUGCUGUGAAAAUGCAUGAUGUGCUACGUGAAAUGGCUCUUUGGGUAGGGUCUACGUUUGGAAAAGAGGAAGAAAAACAAUGCGUCAAAACCGGUGUGAAGCUAGGCCUUAUACCAGGGGACAUCGACUGGUCAGGUCUGAGAAGGAUCUCGUUGAUGAGUAAUCUAAUUGAACAGACAGCUUACUGUCCCGAAUGCCCCCACCUUUCGACUCUACUUCUCGGGGAUAACAAGUUGGAGGGUAUAUCGGGUAACUUCUUUCAGUUUAUGCCAGUCCUUGUCGUCUUGGAUCUUUCGUGUAACCGUGAUCUUAGUGAAUUGCCUGAAGAAAUUUGCAGCUUGACUUCCUUGCAAUACCUCAAUUUAUCAUACACAAGUAUAAGUUCUUUAUCAGUUGGUUUGAAGAGGUUAAGGAAACUAAUAAGCCUGGACCUGGAGUUUACCUGGAUUGAAAGCAUUGAUGGGAUAGGAACAAGCUUACCAAAUCUUCAGGUCUUGAAACUAUAUCAUUCUAGUGUUCAAUUUGAUGCAAGUUCAAUUGAAGAGCUUCAACUUUUAGAGCACUUGAAGAUUUUAACAGGAAACGUGAUAGAUGCUUUAAUGUUGGAAAGUAUCCAAAGAGUGGAGCGACUGGCGAGUUGUGUUCAACGCCUUUGGAUUAUCAGUUGUUUCACCAAGGUUGUAACAUUGAACACGGUAGCUCUGGGUGGUCUUCGAGAACUUAAUAUUGAGUUGUCCAAAAUCUCAGAGAUAAAGAUAGACUGGAAAAACAAAGAGAAGGAAGAUCUUCUAUGUAACAGUUCUCCAUGCUUCAAGAACCUCUCAAGUAUUUUUUUACGCAAUCUGGAAGGUCCAAAAGAAUUGACCUGGUUAUUGUUUGCUCCAAAUCUCAAGCAUCUACAUGUGGGAAGUUCAGGAAGCCUAGAAGAAAUAAUAAAUACGGAGAAGGGAAUGCGUAUUGGCAAUGUGCAUCCUGACAUGAAGGUUCCUUUUCAGAAGCUAGAAUCCCUCAGUUUAAGGGGUUUGGACAAAUUAAAGAUGAUAUGCUCAACUCCUCCGGCUCUUCCAUCCCUGAAAAAAUUUGUUGUGGAACACUGCCGAAAUCUACCGAGAGCCGCCAGGGAGAGUUUCCGAGAGCAUGAACAGGAAUAAUGAAGUUGAUGAAUGAGGCUCCGAAGCCCCACUGUAUAUGUCAUAUGUGUGUGAGUGUAUCCUUUCAGUUCUUAAACUUGGUUUUGGUGUUGAAAAAAAAAAAAACUUGGUUUCGGUUUUAUGUUGUGCUUUUGCUUGAAUGAGGCUACGAAGCCCCAUUGCAUAUGUCAUAUGUGUGUGAGUGUAUCCUUUCAGUUCUUAUACUUGGUUUUGGUGUUGAAAAAAAAAAAGAAAAAGAAAAACUUGGUUUUGGUUUUAUGUUGUGCUUUUGCUUGAAUGUCACUGUUCUCAAGUUGUAUUUCUCAAAACUGGAAACUUUCAUUGUUGCAUUUCCACUUCUCUCCAGUUUGUAACCAUUUGAUACAUUUUCCUCAAAGCUUUCAUUUGUGUGUUUUCUGA